AUGAUUCAACCCAGCUGUAAGGAGUGCUGUGAGCGGUGUGUGGGCAGUCUGCCCUGGGCCUCUCUCAUAGCUACUAUUCUCCUCUACAUGGGCGUGGCCUUGUUCUGUGGGUGUGGCCAUGAGGCUUUGAGCGGCACUGUCACCAUCCUGCAGAACUACUUUGAAGUCAUCAGAGCCCCAGGAGAAACCCUGGAUGUGUUUACUAUUAUUGACAUCCUAAAGUACAUCAUCUAUGGCCUUGCAGCUGGAUUCUUUGUGUUUGGAGUCCUGUUGCUGGUGGAGGGCUUUUUCACCACUGGAGCUAUUAGGGGUCUCUAUGGAGAGUUCAAGAUCACUGCCUGCGGACGCUGCCUGACUGCAUUCCUGAUGUUCAUGGCCUACCUGUUCUUCCUGGUGUGGCUCGGAGUGACAGCAUUUGCCAGCCUGCCAGUAUUCAUGUACUUCAAUGUGUGGUCCAUGUGUCAGAAUACCAGCCUGGUGGAGGGAGCCAACCUCUGCCUGGACCUACGUCAGUUUGGAGCAGUGACCAUCUCUGAGGAGAGGAAGGUGUGUACAGGAUCUGAGAAGUUCUUAAAGAUGUGUGACUCCAAUGAGCUGGACUUGACCUUCCAUCUGUUUGUGUGCGCGCUGGCAGGAGCAGGAGCUGCUGUUAUUGCCAUGGUCCAUUUCCUGAUGGCUCUAGCUGCUAACUGGGGCUAUCUGAAGGACGCCAGCCGGAUGCAGAAGUACGAAGACAUCAAAUCAAAGGAGGAACAGGAGCUGCAUGACAUCCACUCUACACGCUCCAAAGAACGCCUCAAUGCCUACACAUAA